GUCGUUGCACAAUGCGCACCAUUCUUGCGUACUGUAUGCAUAUAACGAGGGAACUCGCUCUUACAUUUUAGAUGUUACCAGUCUUCCCAAAAUUAUGAUCUUAGAUUUACCGGUAUUCGGCCCAUGACGAAAAUCAUGUACAAAGUAGGGAAAAGACGCAUGGGGAAUUAACCUUAAGUCCCGGACGUCCCUAAAUUUAAACCAUUGUGAUGGAUUAACGUUGGAUGUUUAUUUUAAAGUCUCCCUCACUCCACAAAAAUAUCUUCAAUUUAGUGAUGAAGAAAUCAAGUUUUCUUCGCCGUGGACGGGAUUAUGGAUUGCCUGCCUGGGAACAUGGUUGGAUUCUGGGAUUGGGGAUAAGGGAUCUGUUUCUAUCAGUCCGUACCAGGUAAGGAUGAGUGGGGGUGAGGUGGAAGGAGGCUCAUUACUGUGGAUAAUGCGUUCAAGGGGCUCCUUUGAUACGAAGUUUGUUGUUCUUUUUUUUCCCGUCUAGGAUGCGGACAUGGUGGUGGGCGUGUUUCUUUGGGUGAAAAUUUCUGGUCGGUCUUUGAUGUGCUUGCUUGGCUCUAUCUCUGUCUGGCAAUAGGUGAGGGAGGGAUGUAGGUAUCCAUGCAGAUAUGGAGCGGUUAUCAGUGUAAGCCCGCCACAAUCGCCGCUCGUGAAGGAAGGGUAAAGUACGAGCUACUGGUGGAUUAUGUACGUCUGCGGCGUGGGAUUUGUGUUUCGGGUAACGGAUGGGAUUUGUCGUAAAGGUUGCAUUGUCAUUCCCCCUUACCUUUACUUACUCAUCUGAUUAUCUUGCACCUUUAUUUAUUUUCCGUCGUGGUGCAUUCCUUCUCCUCUUCAUGUGCGGAAAAGAAUCGGUAUCAACAUGGCGAUUUUCAACGAUCUGGCCAUAGCGACUGCGCGACGUCCUUAUCCGUUUGUCCUCGCGCUUCUUCUCACGCUUCUCGUCUUCCUCUAUACUACUGGCCCCCAAACUUUUUCCCCGGCGCCGCCUCCAAGAAUAUAUACCCCGACUGUCGGCCAUGGAUCUGAUGUGCAGCAGGAUUCGGAGUAUAUCAGUGGACGAUUUGGAUUCGACGGGACGUGGAACUAUACGAGAGAUUAUCGCAAUUUGUUCUUGACGCAAGAGCAAUGCGAUGUCGCUUUCCCGGGACUGUUUGAGGAGGUGGAGAGACCGGUCAAGUUGAGGAAGAACAAGAAGGUGACGAAGAAGGAAUUGGAUGAUACGCCAGCGUUGAAUGGGUUUAUCAGGGCGAUGAUUUUCGAUCAGCAGUUAUACAUAAUCGAUACCUCUGGGAAAAUCUACUCCCGCGGCAUCGCCACCCUACAUGCUCUCCACCGCGCAAUGCUCACCUCUCCCGAGCCCCUCCCCAACAUCGAAUUCACCAUGAACGUAGACGAUAAGAUGGAAGGACAUCCUCAAUGGCUCUAUGCACGAGUCGCCAAAAAUCAAGAAACAUGGCUCAUGCCCGAAUACGGUUUUUGGUCCUGGCCCGAGACGAAAAUCGGUAGUUACGGAGAAAUGCAAAUGAAAGCCAUCCUGACCGAGAGCGAGUGGCCAUGGAGUCGGAAGAUUGAUAAAUUGUUAUGGCGAGGCGCGACGAUGAAUUUGGAGGUUCGCAAGAAAUUUGUCAAUGUGACGGAAGGAAAGGCGUGGGCGGAUGUGAAGACGUUGGAUUGGCAUAAUGAGGGGAGUAUGAAGAAUGACUUGAAGAGUAUGGAUGAACAUUGUCAAUACAAGUUUCUGGCGCAUACCGAAGGGAAUUCCUAUUCCGCGCGUCUGAAAUAUUUGCGGAAUUGUAGAUCGGUGAUCGUGGCGCAUAAAUUGGAGUGGAUGGAAUUUUUCCAUCCGUUGAUGAAGAAGGAUGGGCCGGAACAGAAUUAUAUUGAGGUGGAUAGAGAGUUUGAGGGGUUGGAAAACAAGAUGGUGGAAUUGAUUGAGAAGAAGGAUCAGAAAGAGGUCGAAGAGAUUGCGGAGAGGAGUGUGAGACUUUUUAGAGAGAGAUAUCUUACGCCGGCGGCGGAGACGUGCUAUUGGAGACGCUUGAUAAGGGGCUGGAAAGAGGUGAUGGGGUUUGAGGUGGAGUUUUUCAAUGUGACGAAGUCGGGAGAGAAGAAGUGGAGGGGGGUGCCGGUGGAAUCUUUUCUGUUGGAGAGGAGGUUGGAGUGGGAUCCUUAUUAGGUUUGAGGUUUGAAUGAGGGGGGAGAGGAGGGUAAACGGGGGGUAAGGUGCAUAUGCAUAUGCAUGAUACUUAAUAUUUUGCAUACAAUGGAUUUUUGGUAUCGGUUGUGAUCUUAGGGGUCAGGAUAGGUAAGACUCUUCAGGAUGAGAAUGUAUGUAUGAACGUUUAACACAAGACAUUCUUGAUGUCAUCAUCAUACAAUGAGACGAAAAUUACGAUAUGCAUAGAAACAAUAUAGCAAGAAAAUCUAUGGAAGUGAUAGGGUUACACAACACGUGCAUAUACAUGCUCGCUUCGAUUUAAGGUUCAUUCUGUACAUUGAUGGAAUUAAUAUAUUUGCCCAAGAUCUA